CUGAAACCCAGAGUGUAGCUUAAGACUGAAUAAACUCUAAAUGUUUCAGAUAACCAGGAAUGUGCAUGUUUUGUUUUCCAGAUGGUUCUGAAGUCCAUUCAGUGUUGCGCUGCCUCUUUAACUCCACUGAGCUGAAGGACACCCAGUACAUCUACUCCUACAUCUAUAAAAAAGUGGAGUUUUUGAGAUUUGACAGUAACAUUGGGCUCUAUGUUGGAUACACAUCGUUUGGAAUGAGACAGGCAAACAUCUUGAACAGUAAUCCUGUGGUUCUGAGCAGCAGGCGAGCCCAGAAGGACGUGUUCUGCCACCAUAACUCUGGGGUCUGGUACAGAAAUGUUUUGAAUAGAUCAGUGGCGCCGUCUGUCGCUCUGACCUCAGUGGCGCCUCCUGCUGGUGGUCAUCCCUCCAUGCUGACCUGCAGCGUCUACGGCUUCUUCCCCAAACAGAUCAGAGUCACCUGGAGGAGAGACGGACAGGAAGUCACCUCUGAUGUCACUUCCACCGACGCGCUGCCAGACGGAGGCUGGCUCUACCAGAUCCACUCCAGCUUGGAGUUCAAAUCCAGGUCUGGAGAGCAGAUCUCCUGCAGGGUGGAACAUGUCAGCCUGAAGGAACCUCUGAUCACCGACUGGGACCCGUCCAUGCCGGAGUCAGAGAGGAACAAACUGGCCAUCGGAGCUUCAGGACUGAUCCUGGGUCUGAUUCUGUCUCUGGCUGGAUUCAUCUACUACAAGAGGAAGGUCAAAGAUCUGGUUCCCGUCCUCACCUUUGAAUGCAGGAGCCGGUUCAGGAUCAGAACCUGAGCAGAACCUGAGCAGAACCUGAUCAGAACCUGAUCAGAACCUGAGCAGAACCUGAGCAGAACCUGAUCAGAACCUGGUCUGCAGAACCUGAAGUUUGUUCUGGACUCUUCGGUCCAGUUGAUCAGCUGCUUCUCUCCAGGAAGUGUUUCAGGUUUAUUAAUCUUCACUUUCUGUGGUUUUAUUUUCUCUCUAUGGUUUUAUGAAGAGCAGAUUUUUCCUCAGCUGUAAAAACAUCUGAAAUCAUUAUUGAGGCUUGAAGAGCAAAAGAACCAGAAGAAAAGCUGAAUCCUUUACGAUGAUGGAAGUUUGAUGUCACAUGUUUAUUUCUGCUGUGAUUAAUUAGAGAAGACAGCAGCUUUAUUGUCUAACUGCAUCAUUAUGUGUAAUUUGGGUUUAUUCUGAUUUCUAACACUUUGGUGUUUCACAAU